AGACGAGAAGUGGGGUAUAGAGAUGGGGAAUAUGCAAAAGACACGAUCCAAUUCCCGCGAGGCAUCCUGAACGAGGGAGACGAGCUCGAUCGCAAAAAGAGGUAUCCAGAGUAUGAUCGGUCGAGGAAGAGUGCAAGGGGGAAGAGCGACGGCAAAGGGGAAAAACACGGUGGUCGAGAAGGGAGGAUGGAGGAGGUUGAGCAGGCAAGGAACAGAUGCGAUGGGAGCUCGGCGAGUCCAAGUGGUUUCUGUCCGAUUGCAAAAAAAAAAAAUGAUGGGGACGAGCAAAGGUUGAGCUUGGCCGUGAAAGAAGAGGGAGAAGCCAAGAUAGUGGCUUGGGACCUCAUAAUAGAGAUUGGGGAAGGUGAGGAGGUUGGUGGGGAUUGGGCG